AUGGGCUCCCAGAAUAACGCUGAAGCCCCUGCGGGCACGGCUUCUUUCGCAGCGAUUUUGUUCGACAUGGACGGGACUAUCAUCGACACGACCUCUGCCAUCGUUGAGCACUGGCACAGAAUUGGAAACGAAAUCGGCGUUCCACCUGAGACUAUUUUGGAAACAUCUCACGGACGGCGAAGCAUUGAUACGUUGAAGCUGGUGGCGCCUCACAAGGCAAACUGGGAGUAUUAG